UUUUAUAUUUGCUGGGGAUGCCUUGUAUGGGUGCCUUCUAUAUAUACUUCUCCUGGCAUGUACCUGGUCAAUCAUCCUGUACACCUUGGAACUCAGUUGGCACUCUACAUCCUAGUAGCAGGCAUUCUUUGCAUAUACAUCAACUACGACUGUGAUAGGCAAAGGCAAGAGUUUUGCAGAACAAAUGGCAAAGCUUUGGUUUGGGGUAAAGCUCCAUCAAAGAUAACUGCCACUUACACUACCACAACUGGGGAAACAAAAAGCAGCAUUCUUUUAACUUCGGGAUGGUGGGGAUUAGCUCGACAUUUCCACUAUGUCCCAGAAAUAUUAGCUGCAUUUUUCUGGACUGUUCCAGCUCUUUUUAACCACGUAAGUAAUUUUCCUUCUGGGGUUUAGAUUUGUUUAUGUUGUUAGAAGUUG